UCACUGUUUAUCACAUGUCGCAAGGAUGAGAAAGUCAACCAUUUUGCUACUGCUGGUGGGUGCGCUUUGCAUUCUGGCAACACUGGACGUGGUAGAUGCCGAGAAGCAGAGAUCUAGUGUGAAGGACUUCGACCGGAAUAACCAAAAGAAUGGUGGAAGAGACAACGAUUGGGAUAGGGGCUACGGUAGCGAAAAAGAUAAAGGCAGCAACAAACGAAAAGUAACGAAAAGCAAGAAAGACCGAGACUGGUCUUCGGAGGAAGAUGAAGAUGACUAUGAAUACUAUACGCGUGGUGGAAAGAGUGGAAAGAUAACAAAUAGAGAAGAAGAUAGAGAUACAAGGUACGAUCGAGAUAGGGAUCACUCGAACGACAGAGGUGGAUAUGACGACAGGAAUAACAAGAAUUCUAAAGGAAAGAAACCAACACGACCUCCUCCACCACCACCUCCCCCUCCUCCGAAGAUGACGAAGAAACCAGCUCCGAAGAAGCCCACAGUACCACAUGUAAUAAGUUCCACUGAACGCAUCUUCAGAACAUCUACACCGGCAGAAUCGUCCACGUCUACAACUACAACAACGGAAGAGCCUACCACUACAACUACAACAGAAGAACCUACUACUACUACAACAACAACUCCAGCACCCACAACAACUACAACGACGACGACGACCACCGAAAUUUCGGUGACAACAACCCUACGCAAAGAAACUCCAUCUUCCACAACGAUUUCUGCUAGAACAACCACAAGGCCAUCGUCCGGAUUUGAUCUCGGUAUGUUGGUGGACGGGUUCGAUUGGAGCGAUUUAUUUGGAAUUAGCAAACCUAGCAAUGGACCUACUACAGCAAAACCGAAGUCACCUUCGCUGGGAUUGGGAGGUAUUGGGAUGCCGGGGAGUUUAAGUCCCGGCGGGCCAAGUCGCGGUAACGGGAUGAACGGUGGCGGAAGGAAUGGCGGUGGUGCUGGCGGCAGUAGCAAUGGGGGACGAGGUGGGGCCAGAGGCUUUUAAGAUCCGACCAAGGGCAAUGAGAAGUGAUGAACAAUCGAA